AUUACUUUUUUAUUCGUUUUCACUUUUGUUAGCUCUUUUGUAACAACUAAUAAUAAUAGACAAAAGUCUUGUAUCACUCAAGGAUGAAAUAUCACGGGAUUAAACUAUUGAAGCUUGAUUUUUAACCACUAAACAAAUAUUUGAAGACGUAAUCCGUUAAAACACUGGAUUAGAAGAGAAUUAGGACAAAUUCAAUUCAAUUUUAUCGAAGAAUCAGCAGAUUAGACUGUUGUUUAUCCACCACGUGUAUAAAAGAGAUUCUGCUCUCGAUACCUCAGUAGAUAUCGCAAUGAAAGUGCCAGUACUGAUAGUACUAGCCCUCGUGGGCUUGUCUAGUGCCAAAUACGAGGGCUACAAAGUUUACAAAUUCGUAACAAAAACGCACCUCCAGAAUGUGUAUCUCCAGUCUUUGGAAGCAAUCCCAGACUUCGAUUUCUGGUCGAAAAUUAACACAGUGGGUAACCCAGUCACCGUCAUGGUACCACCGCGAUUUCAAACAAAAAUUGAGGAUUAUUUAAAACUCAACAAUCUUGAAUUUAGCAUUGAAAUCGAAAAUGUUGGAAGCGCCAUCCACGCUGAAAAACACUACCACAAAUCGAGACAAGCUUUAGGUUUGGGAAAAAUUACUUUUGACCAAUAUUUACGCCACGCUGAGAUUAAUGCUUAUUUGGCCCAACUGGCUAAAGACUACCCCGACACUGUCAUUCUAGAAACAAUCGGGCAGUCGUACGAAAAACGCGACAUGAACCUAGUCCGGAUUUCCUCCGGGCCUAGAGACCCCCCAAAGCCGGUGAUUUUCGUCGAUGCCGGCAUCCACGCCCGCGAGUGGAUCGCCCCAGCCGUGGCCCUCUACCUGAUAAACCAACUGGUGGAGAACCCCUCCAACAGUAACCUUCUCGAAGCCGUGGACUGGAUCGUCCUCCCGAGCGUCAACCCCGACGGUUACGAGUUCACCUGGACCGGAGACCGCCUCUGGCGCAAGACCCGCUCGCCAGGGACCGUCUGCUUCGGCUGCGACCCUAAUCGCAACUUUGGGUUCCACUGGAUGGAGGCUGGGGCCAGUAGCUGGGAAUGCUCGGACACCUACGCCGGAAAGGAGGCGUUCUCGGAGGUGGAGGCGAGGAAUUUGAGAGACUACUUGGCCAAGACUGCGAAUAUCAAGGCCUAUUUGACACUGCAUAGCUAUGGGCAAUAUUUGCUCUACCCGUGGGGCUAUGGGGAUGUUCUCUGUGACAAUUGGAAGGAAUUGGACGACUUGGGGCAUAAAGUAGACGAUGCUAUAAGUUCGGUUAAUGGGACAAGAUACACUAUUGGUAGUUCGACCCAAGUUUUGUAUGCCGCAGCUGGGGCUAGUGACGACUGGGCCAUGGGUGGUGCUGGGAUCGAUAUUGUCUAUACCAUUGAGUUGCCAGGGGGUGGGAACUAUGGGUUUGAUUUGCCGGCCUCAAGGAUUAAGGGGGUGGUAGCCGAAACGUUCGAAGGAUUUAAAGUGUUUGCGGACUAUGUCGCAAAAAAUAGAAAAUAGAUAAACCAUUUGAAAGUGAACUUUUAAGAGGAAUAAAAUAAACUAUUUGGUACAAAAA